GUGAUCCUGCAAGGAUUCCUGCACAGCUAAUCCGGAACGAAUUAAUUCGCUAAUUACACGGGAAUCCACACCAGUUAUUAACCAGUAUGGUAGAACUGAAGACGGAAAACGCGGAUGUGGGCAAGGAAAACGUCGAUCCCUCGGAAGAGGAGGAGGUCAUGGAAGUGGACGAAAGUGUUGAAGUGAAGGUGUUUACGGUAGAAAUUCUGCGCGUGAUUAAGGAUUUGCAGCUGCAGCACGGAUUGCGGCAUGGAGAUUACCAGCGGUAUCGUGGGUAUUGCUCGAGGCGCGUGAAGCGGCUGAGGAAAACGCUCAAUCUACCGCAGGGUGACCGGCGGCACUACAAGAAGCGCGAUGUCACGGUGGCCAACCUGGAGAAGGCCAACUCGGACGAUCGGUUCCUGCACAUUCCGUUGAUGCUGGCGGAACGGGCGUGGUCGUACGCGAUGCAGCUGCGGCAGGAAUCGAACACCGAGCUUCGCAAACGCUUCCACCUGAUCCAGAAACUGCGUAAGGCCUGCGGGUAUGCACUGCAGCUGCAGUCGUUGUGUGCUUCGAACUGUUGCGAUGCUCGCACGAAGCUGGAGGCGGAAGCGUACUCGGCCUGGAUGCACGGUUCGUUGCACUUCGAGCUGAGCCUGUGGAAGACUGCGGCCGAAAAUCUGAAGAAAGCUCAGGUGAUCUACGAAAACCUGGCCCAAGCGAUGCCGGAAGAGGAGCAGCCGGUCUACCGGGCGAAGGUAGAGGAGCUUAAGCCGAGUCUCCGCUACUGUGCGUACAACGUUGGCGAGAAUGCUUCGGUGAACGAUCUGCUCGAGAUGCGUACCGGUCAGGCCGCAGGCCUCCUUGGCAAUCUGAGCAAUCUGGUGGCGCAAACGAAGGCCGAAAGCAUGGACGCAUUCCAGCAGACGGAGUGGCGUGGUCGCAGUGUAACGGUUCGUCCGGAGAAGGUGCGUCUGUUUCUGCUCAGCAUCCAGGAGCUGGACAAGAGCAUCGAGAAGGCGAAGGAUGUACCGGCCAAAAUCGAGCUGCUCGAGACGGUGCUGAUCGAUUGCAAGGACUCGAUUGCUGCGAUCAAGGACGAGAUCAAGCAGGAUCCGAAGCUGCGCGCCAGUGCUACCGACGGUACGACCGGAUUGAUCGGCAUUCAGUAUCUGCUCGCGUACAUGUCGUACACCCGGUUGAAGCUUACGCUCGAGCGUAACCUGUUCCUGGUGGCUCAAGCGAAACAAACGCUGGACGAUCCGAAUGUGGCCGGGAAGGCGACGGCACCGGCGGCUUCAGCCGUUGGCAAGAAGAGCAAACCCCAGGAUCUAUCGCGGCUCUACGAGAUCAUACUGCAGAACGUGACCGAGAUGCAGCAGCUGUCCGGUAUGGAAAACGAUGCCGGCUACCAAGCGGAAAUGGAAACACUGUCCCUUUCGUUCCGAGCGUUCCGCUGUUACUACAUCGCGCUAACGCUCGUCGCGAUGAAGCGCUGGCGUGAGGCAGUGGCCUUGUACGAACGAUCGCGCAAGUACGCCGCUGAUGCGAUCGCAGCGAAGGCUGCCAGCUCGGACUUUAAUCUGCAACCGGAGCUGCAGCAACUGGUGGCCACGAUCGAGGGCUGCAAGUUCUCUGCUCACGCGUACAGUGUGCUCGAGGACGAUGGAACCGAAGAUUCGGUUCUAUAUGGUAAAAGCCUCAAAACAUCGAAACCCCUGUACGAGCGGUUGUCGCACUACAAGGAGGACGCCACACUCAACUCACGCAACCCGAACGUGUUCAAGUUGGUACCGGAAAUGGAACCGAUUCCCGCGAAACCCCUGUUCUUCGAUCUGGCACUCAACUUUGUCGAGUUCCCGUCGCUGGACGAUAAGAUUGAUCAGAAGGCAGCCGGUGGUAAAGGAGGAGCCGGUGCCGGUAUGACCGGAUUCGUUAAAGGCCUGUUCAGCUGGGGCGGUGGUGGUGGUGGUAGCAAGUAGACGAUGAUGCCAGCCAGCAUCAAAUUGUUCCCUUUUGUUUGCUAAUUGUUUUUUUUUUGCUUUCUUUGAACUAUUUUCCCUUCAAUAAACGUCUUUAAUGAGAAAUCGAGAGUCCCGAUAGGGUCCGGGGGACAGGGGACACUACGAACAACUAAUAAAUAACUGUCUGUAUGUGAA